UAAACAAGACAACAACAACCAAUCCAAGUCCAACAUCAGGCUCAACUCCAACCGGAGCACCCAUGAGACCAAUAACCAGUCCAGAAACAACUCAAACUUCCACACCAACAACCAAAGUCACAACAACAACCGCCAGUCCAUGUGCAACACCAGACUCAAACGUAACCACAACAGCUACAACAACAACCCUGGUUCCAAGUCCAACACCAAGCUCAACAACAUCUGCAGCACCCACAAGCCCAACAAACAGUCCAGAAACAGCACAAGCUUCCAAACCAACCACCAAAAUCACGACAACAACCGCCAGUCCAUGUGCAACACCAGACUCAAACGUAACCACAACAGCUACAACAACAACGCCGGGUCCAAAUGCAACACUAAGCUCAACAACAUCCCCACUAACCAAGACAACAACAACCAAUCCAAGUCCAACAUCAGGCUCAACUCCAACCAGAGAACCCAUGAGACCAAUAACAAGUCCAGAAACAACUCAAAGUUCAACACCAACCACCAAAGUCAUGGCAACAACCGCCAGUUCAUGUGCAACACCAGACUCAAACAUAAGCACAACAGCUACAACAACAACCCUGGUUCCAAGUCCAACACCAAGCUCAACAACAUCUGCAGCACCCACAAGCCCAACAACCAGUCCAGAAACAACACAAGCUUCCAAACCAGCCACCAAAGUCACGACAACAACCGCCAGUCCAUGUGCAACCGCAGUUUCGACAACAACCGCCAGUCCAUGUGCACCCGCAGUUUCAACAACAACCACAAUCCCAAGUACAACAGUAAGAUCAACACCAAUUGCUGAAGUCACGACAACAACCGCCAGUCCAUGUGCAACACCAGACUCAAACGUAACCACAACAGCUACAACAACAACCACCAGCCCAAGUACAACAAGAGGCUCAACAACAAUUUCAGUAGCCACAGCAACAACUGCCAGUCCAAGUCUAACACCAGAUUCAAACGCAACCACAACAGCUGCAACAAUAACCCCAGGUCCAAGUGCAACACCAAGCUCAACAACUAGUUCAAAUCCAACACCACAGUCAACAACAUCCGAAGCAACUAAGACAACAACAACCAGUCCAAGUUCAACAUCAGGCUCAACAACAACCACGGGUCCAAGUGCUCCACGAGACUUAACAGCAACCACAGCAAUUUCAACAAGACCCUUCGGUUCAAAUACCACAUCAAGCUCAACAACAACCAUGCCAGCCGUGACAACAACCACCGGGCCAAGUUUAACACCAAAACCAACGAAUUUCCAAUAUGCAAAGUCCGUCACGACAACACGAUGGGUGACGUUCCGAUCGGCGGGAGAGCAAUUCACCUGGGACCUGUCAAAUUCAUCUUCAGCAGAAUUUAGCAUUCGAGCCAACACAAUCCAGACAACGCUUGAACCAUUUUUCAAGAAUGCAUUUCCUUCAUGCACCUUGGAUGUGGUUUCAUUCAGUUUUGGCUCCGUCAUCAACAACAUGGACUUGAACUUUCCAUCCAGCUGGGUGCCCAACCACAGCGCCAUCGCAGAUGUUUUGAAGGACGCCGCAUCCCACAUCACAGCUUUUGACGUGGACACCUCAUAUAUUUUUGUGGAUGGCACAAAUUUUUCAAGUAAAGCGAGUCACAACACAAACUUGAUCAACGCUUCCUACCUGGUGCUGUUGUCAUUGUUACUGAUUCAGCAAUAAGUGCAUGGGAAAAUAUGCCAAUAUGAUGCACUUUUUUUAGUAUCAAGAUGAUCAAAAUCAUGCGAGGUAACAUUACAGGCUCUAUUUUCGUGCUUGGACAAUGAGGGAUUGUCCCACGUUGUUGUCAUAUUUAUGAAGGAAAUAGGAUCACAUGCACUACACAUGUCCGCGGAGCACUGAAUCUGUUUUCUUACGCUCUGAUCAAAUUCACAAAAAUCAACUAAACAUAAUAUUCUAUUAAAAAUAAAUGAAAUGUAUCCAUG